GCGGAGCCUCAGAAUAAAACCGUUAUGAUGUAAAGAUUAUUUUAUAUUAUGUGUAUUAUACAGUUAUAAAUAGUGUGUUUCUAUCAGUGACGUGGGCCAAGGCGGCGCUCUAAAAUGAUGAGAAAUGCUCAGAGGAUGUGGAAGUGCCUCAAUAAGAUCAUCCUGAGCCUGGAGCACCAGCAUUCAGCAUUCAGGAGGAGACGCAUAUGACAAAGCACCGCUGAUGUUCCUACAGCAUCCUCACUGCUAAUGUGUGGAUCUAUACAGCAGAACAUACACACUUCUAGAAACAUGACGGGCUGAAUCCAGUGUCUGAUGUGACCUGGAGUGAGUGUAGUUUCUUCUUUCCCUCGCAGUGAACAGAGGAGUCUUGUGUUUCUCUCAGAGCACCUGCAUCAACACCUGCGCUCUGCUCCGAUCGGCUCUGGAUGAAGAGGAAAAAUAAUCAGUUCACCAGGAAUAAUCCCAUCCUCAUGGAUUAAACUCUUCAGGAGAGGAUUUGACUUUGGUUUUUCAGGCCCGGGUUUCUUCAGCAUGUGCAGCGUUGACUUGGGCCCGCUGAUGGAGAUCAUAGAGGUGAGAGACGAAUGGCUGGACGAUGAUUUUCCCAGGCCACUUCCUACGGAGGGUGACAUGGACUCUUCCUGCGCCCUCAACGAGGGGAGAACCUCUCCCCCAAACUCUCUGCUCAUUGGUGGAGCCGGAGGGGGUGGAGCUCACCGCAAGCGGCGCACGCUGGUGGCCCCGAAUAUGAACUUGUCGUUGGACCAGAGCGAAGGGUCCCUGCUCUCCGAUGACUUCCUGGAUACGCCUGACGAUCUGGAUAUUAAUGUGGAUGAUAUCGAGACGCCCGAUGAGACAGACUCGCUGGAGUUCAUCACCAACGGCAACGACCUGGAGUGGGAGGAUGACACACCCGUCGCCUCGGCCAAAGCGCCCCCUGCUGACAGUGACGCUGAUGGAGCAGGUGUGGACGGGACGGGUGUCAACGGCCGUUUAUGGAGGACCGUGAUCAUCGGCGAACAGGAACAUCGGAUCGACAUGCAGGUCAUACGACCCUAUCUGCGGGUCAUAUCUCAUGGAGGCUACUAUGACGAGGGCUUGAACGCCAUCAUUGUGUUCACGGCGUGCUACCUUCCUGACAGCAGCUGCCCAGAUUACCAUUACCUGAUGGAAAACCUCUUUCUGUAUGUGGUGAGCAGUCUGGAGAUGCUGGUGGCGGAGGAUUACCUGAUCAUAUACAUGAACGGAGGAACGCCGCGGAGCAAGAUGCCCGGCAUCAGCUGGCUAAAGAAGUGCUAUCAGAUGAUCCACAGAAGACUGAGGAAAAACCUGAAAUCUCUGAUCAUCACUCAUCCGUCCUGGUUCAUCCGGACAGUCGUUGCGAUUUCCAAACCUUUCAUCAGUGUGAAGUUCAUGAAUAAGAUCCGUUAUGUGCACAGUCUGGAAGAACUGGAAAAGAUUGUUCCUAUGGAUCAUAUCCAGAUCCCAGAGUGUGUCUUACAAUUUGACGAGGAAAGAAUGAAUGCUAGAAAAGAGAGAAUGGAGCGGGAACAGAAAGAGCAGCAUCAUCAAGAACAGCAACAGAAGCCCGUCAAUCAAAACGCAUCAUUGUCCCAUGACUGAUUCAUAAAAGAACCAAACCGCUCUCUGGACAACUGGAGACUGAAGAACCAGGACUGUGAGUGGACGAACUUGAAUGUUUUUGUUGCUGAUCUUGGGCCAUUUUUCAAAUUCCCAAAUUAUGUAUUAAUACACAUAUCAGACGACUCAAAACUGGUCUCAGAUCAGCAACAAAGUGGAAACUUUAAUCGAACGUUGGCAGGUGAGAAGGUCAGCUGCUCUCACUUUCGUCCUCAAAGGCACAAUUUUAAAAAAGCAUUUAGAAAUCCACCAACAGGUGGCACUACGCACAGAGAACCAUCACUGUUUGGUACCAGGAUGUACCAUCAUGCACUGUAGCCUCCUUGCUGUUAUUGCUUUUUUCAACUGGCUGUUCCCUGCUUGCUGACCUUGGAGACCGUCAUGAGAGCUGCCUUUAAUAGACGGGUGCGUCCGCAUUUCGAUUUCCAAGCAGCUCUGUGCUUCUGUGUGUAUGAACCCAAAUCAGAUCUAACUUUCCUCCACUUCGCUGAUUAUGUUUGCCUGGAAUCCUUUCUCGGAUGCUUUUGAAUCUUUUAACCUCUUCCAUCUUGUUUAAUGACCAGCUUCGUAAACAAUAAGUGCCAGUCAUCUCUGAAAACAUUUUGACAUCAGCUGUACUUUUAUGUCGCCUUAUGUUUGCUCUGCAAAUGAUUCAAAAUUAAACAUUCUGCUAUAUGUAUGACUAAA